AUGGCGUCCGUCGCCGGACCCAGCAGCCCCUACCCGGUUCCACUCAACCACCUCGUCAAACCCCGCGGCAGGCCGGGACCCGACUCGAAAACGUUCAAAGGCCAGAUCAGAAACACACAGGCGAAGGAGGUUGAAGAGGCUAGAGAGAGAAAAGAGGAGACCAACAGAAAGAUAGCUUCGCAGAAGGCCAUUUCAAUUAUUCUUAGGAGAGAGGCAGCAAAAGCUGUCAUCGAGAAGAAGAAAGGCAAUCCGAAGAAGCUUCUGCCCACAACUGUGCUUGAAGCCCUUCACGAGCGAAUCACCGCUCUGCGCUGGGAGUCUGCUCUUAAGGUGUUCGAACUUCUUCGUGAGCAACUUUGGUACAAGCCGAACUCUGGUAUAUACAUAAAGUUAAUUGUCAUGCUCGGAAAAUGCAAGCAACCCGAGAAAGCCCACAUAUUAUUCCAAGCAAUGAUAGACGAAGGCUGUGUGGUGGAUCGUGAAGCAUACACCGCUCUUAUGUCAGCCUACAGCCGAAGUGGCCUUUUUGACGAGGCAUUUUCGAUUCUCGAACAAAUGAAAAAGAUUCUUAACUGCCGGCCAGACGUGUAUACAUAUUCAAUCCUCAUAAAGUCGUGCGUACAAGUUAAUGACUUCGGGAAAGUACAAUCUCUGCUUGCCGACAUGGAAAUGCAAGGGGUCAAUCCCAACACGAUAACAUAUAAUACACUUAUUGAUGCGUACGGCAAAGCAAAGAAAUUUUCAGAGAUGGAAUCAGUGCUCGUCCGAAUGCUGAGGCAGCGGGAGUGCCAGCCGGAUGUGUGGACCAUGAACUCCACCCUUAGAGCCUUUGGGGGCAGCGGGCAGAUCGAGAUGAUGGAGAAGUGCUACGAGAAGUUCCAGCUGGCAGGCAUUAGCCCCACAAUCCAGACAUUCAACAUCCUCCUCGACUCCUAUGGCAAGACGGGUAACUACAGGAAGAUGAGUGCUGUGAUGCAGUACAUGCAGGCUUACCACUUCUCGUGGACCCUCGUCACGUACAACAUUGUGAUCGACGCCUUUGGACGGGCUGGAGAUGUGAAGCAGAUGGAGUAUCUGUUUCGCGUCAUGCAGUCUGAGAGGGUGAAGCCCAACUGCGUUACAUUGUGCUCGCUCGUGAGAGCCUACGGGCAGGCCGGGCGGGCUGAGAAGAUCCGGGCAGUUCUGAGAUUUGUUGAGAAUUCGGAUGUGAUGUUGGACACCGUGUUUUUUAACUGCUUGGUGGAUGCUUAUGGGAUGAUGGGUUGCUUUGCAGAGAUGAAGGGUGCGGUUGAGAUGAUGAAGAGGAAAGGAUGUGCGCCCGAUAGAGUCACGUACCGGACGAUGAUUAAGGCGUACGAGUUGGGUAGGAUGACCGGCCACGCCAAGGAGCUUCGAAAGGAGCUUGCUUGCUUGUGA